AUGAUGGUCCUCAUCAGCAAAACUCUUGCAUACGGUGAUGCAGCUCAAGCUGCUGAGAUCAGGCGGAUGCAGUUGGCUGUCGUCGCCCAACAAAUCCGCGAGAUUCAACGGGACUCGCUCAUCAAUACUGGAGCGGCCCGACGUCAGUCCAAUCUCGCCAGUCUCGCCAAUCUGACGCAGCGCGCAAAUCGCUUUCUGCAAGAUGCGACCUCUGAGCUCGUGCUGGAUAUGCAGGCUGCUCGGCAAGACAACGCGACGACGACAGACUCCGCGCGGCGAGACUUUGAUUACCGAACACUCGAUAGUGACCAAGCCGAGCUAGACAAGAUUGCGCAAGACGUGCGAGACUUUAAUGCGAAUGCCGGCGUGACUUUCGACACUAGUGUUGCUCCUGCCUUUCUCACGCUACCACAGGCUUCUGGUAUCACAGCUGUAGGCACUGGAGCUGCUGCUCAGCCUGCCUACUCAGUACCGUCCCAGCCUCUCGCAUCGCCAGCGAAUCAAUCUCAGCCAAUAUUGCCGUCCGCGCAGCCUGUGCCAGCGGCGUCGCCUCAACCCGCUCAGCCACCUGCAGAAGCACCUCAGACCAUUCCGGAACUACAGCCGGUGCAAGUGAUACCAGCAGCACCAACAGUGCAACCAGCGCAAACGGUAAAGCCAGCAGAGAUCCAGCAAUCGGCGCCCAUACCGCCGAUCGCGCCAAACCUGCCACCGAGCAAAUCCACUGCCCAGCCUUUCGUUGCUCUUGGGACCACUGCAUUGGUUCAGGCGCAAGCGAUCGCCGCAAUACAAGGGCAGCAGGAUGCACAAGAAGCGACCACGAGAGGCCAAGGAAAUACGGGUGCUCAGGGAGUCGCACAAGCGUUGCGCGACGCAGCCGCUCGCCUGGCACUUGCCGAAGCCCAGAGGAGCGAGGCUGCACGAGAAGUUGCAGAGCUCGGACGAGAAGAGGUACUGAAAGAGUUGCAACUUGCCAGUAUACGCCAAGGGCGAGGAAUCUCCUCCUCGAGCGGCGGUGCUCGGCGCUUCGCCGGCCAAUCCCGACGAUGUGGCCCAUCACGCAUGACAGCACUGCCAUCCACAUGGGGGACUUCAACACAGUGA